UCCAACAGGUGUUUAAAAACUUUUUUUCGGGUUACUUCGGGAUUUUUGCUGAGAUUUUCAUGUUUCCAGACAUCAAAAGAGGAUCUAGUCAGAGCAGCUAUGCCAUGCAGCCAACUAUUUCACUGGGGUCCUAUACUGGCCCUCUCUGUGAUAUUUAUCAUUACAGUCGUGGGGUUUAAGUGCUCCUUGAUGUGGUGGCCUGUUUAUACGAAAGGAAGUUGGAUAAAUUUGACCAUAUAUUUCACAUGGUUAUUUCUGAUAUUGUACAAUUACUUCCUAGCAGCUUUUAAGGGACCAGGUUUUGUUCCAUUAGGCUGGGAACCCAAAAAUAAGGAGAAUAGACAGUAUUUGCAGUAUUGUGAAUUUUGUAAAGGAUACAAAAGUCCAAGAGCACAUCACUGCAGGAAAUGCAACAGAUGUGUUAUCAAGAUGGACCACCAUUGCCCAUGGAUAAACACAUGUUGUGGACAUUUCAACCAUGCCAACUUCACAUAUUUCCUUUUCUUUGCUCCUAUAGGAUGUAUACAUGCUGCUAUUAUUUUAAUAUGUUCGGUGUAUAGGGCUUUAAAUUGGCAAUACUACUAUUACUACACAAAUGAGCCAGUGGUCCACUUGGAUUUUGUUGGAUUUAUUUGUUCAAUGUUUGCCAUUGGCCUUGCCAUAGGAGUCACAAUAGCUGUAGGAAUGCUAUUCUUUAUUCAAAUGAAGUGCAUAAUCAAGAAUGAAACAGGAAUAGAGCAAUGGAUUAUAGAAAAGGCAAAGGACCGUGAGAGAGAGGAGGAGGAGGGGGAAUUUAUUUAUCCAUAUGAUUUGGGGUGCUGGAAAAAUAUGGGGGAAGUUUUUACACUUAAUGGGAAACCAAAGUCUGAUGGGUUUAUAUGGAAUAUAGUUCCUGAUUGCAAUCAAUAUACACUCACAAUAGAACAAAUCUACCAGAAAGCCUUAAAGAGAGAGAGAACGGUGGAGUAUAUAAUUGGGAAGGACUACAAUGGGUCCUGGGUCCCAAUCAGAAUGGGAUGGAGGGUCUGUGUCAACUUCCCUUGUACAGAUGAACCUAGAAUAAAGGUCAAAGUUGGAGACAGGGUCAAAGUCACCCGGUGGAAAAAGCACUGGUUGUAUGGAACAAAAGUGAACUUAGAAGGAAGAGCUAAAGGAGAAACAAAAGACAGACAGAGGGGAUGGUUCCCACGUAUUUGUGCUAAACAAGACAUUUCUCUGAAUGGACAUUUUGGCGAUUGUGAUAUGGAUACAGAUCAUGUAAAAGCCGAGUAAAUAUCAGAAUUCUUUGUCAUGGCGAAAAUCAUUUGUAGUGCUAAUGGGGUACAUGCGUCAUUGCUGAAAUUUUUCUCUUAAGAUCUCAGGUACUUUAAAUCCAGUGUGAAAACUUAAUUUUAUUUAUAUCUGAACAAAUAAUGUGAAUAUAGCCUGAACUGGUUGUAUAGAAUGUAGGAUAAGUUUAUAAAUGCAAUGAGCUGAUUUGAUUAAAGUUGGACAAUCCAUUAUUUUGUACACACAUUUGUUUCAUACUGCUGUAAUUGGAUUGUUAACCUUAAAAUAGCAAAGAUUUUGAAUACCGUACUUACAUGUAUAUGCUUUCAUUGAAAAUAAUUUUAGUUUUAUUACAAUUUCUCAUAUGUUGUUAGACUUAAAAAAUGAUGUUAAAUAUCACAAGGUAUAAAAGAUAAGUGCAGUAGAUUAGUUUUUGAUGUGGGUGUUCGUGAAUUAAUGCACCAUUUGUGAUUUAAAUUUUUUUUAAAUAAAAUGACUAACAAAUAAUGAGAGUUAAAUGGAAAAAAUAGGUUUUUUUAACAUGAAUCUUGAUAUUAAAAUAUACAUGCAUUUUCCAUGGCAUUGUGGGUAAUUGUGUCACUAUUUAGAAAAAUUUGCAAAAUCAAUGCAUCUUUUACAAACCCUUUUAUACUGACUUUGCAUUUACACAUACUUGUCAUUUGUAACACUUCAUUGCGUAUCUUCGUGGUUUAUAUCAUCUCUCCUACAAUGAAGUGGACUUACAGAUAAAUACAUUGUUUGUUGAUACACAUGUUUGGGAGUUUUGUCAGAGUUGUCCUUCAUUUCCCUGAUUUGUGUUACAAUCCUGGUGAAGUGAUUUCUUGCAAUUUGUGUUCUUGAUUUUUUUAUUAAUGUAUAUAGAUUUAUGUUUCUAUGCUCUGAAGAGUACAAAUGAUUGCUAAUAUAAAAUGGUUUUUGGUGUCAAGCACUAGAUUAUCAUGCACCAAGGGAUAGCCAACACAUUGUUUUUAAGCAAAAUUAUCAAAAGUUAUUUUACUAUGGAAAAUAUAUUGUUAUUAGAUUGUAAAUGAUAGGAUAGCAUCAUAAUAUCACAAUACCUGUACAUGCUUUCAUGUUUGUCAUCUCAGUAGAGAUGGUUAGUAGGUGCAUGGUUAGUAGUAUUUUUUCAACAAGAUUUUUUAACCAAUGUGUUAUUGUUCAAGACAGUUGUCAGAGUGUGUUAAUUAUCAUAAUAAUGUAUUGACUAUUGGUAAUGAAACAGUAUUUAAUAUUUUAUUUAUAUGGAUGCAUUGUAGAUAUUUGCCCUACUAUUGCAACAUAUCUUUAUUAAUCAUGUAAAUACAAGUUCUAUUCCGAUAUAGAUAGGUUUUUUAUAUUGAAAAUAUCAAAAUGAUUUGAAUUCAUGAUUUGUAUUUUGACUAUAUAAAAUAAAUGGAAGUGCUUUCAUAUAUAUAUAUAGCAUCUGAAUAAAUAUUUUAGUAUACACACAACAAAAAAUGAAUUGCUUUGCAUUUG